AUGACGGCGACACCAGGCACGACAAAGGCACGCAAACCAAGCACAAAGGGCGAAGGCUCGUCUGUUGUGCCUCGGAAACGGCGCCGUCGGGCGGUGGGCAGCGGUGCGGCAGAUGACUGCUUCACCUGCGCAAGCAGACAGGUGCGAUGCGACAGACGGCGGCCGUACUGCACACCAUGCCUUGACAUGGGACGGCAGUGCUCGGGAUACAAGACGACGUUGACCUGGGGCAUCGGCGUGGCCAGCAGAGGGAAGCUCAGGGGUCUGUCUCUGCCGAUAUCAGGCGCAAAGAAGGUUACCCAGUCGACCGAGCCUCGGAGUGUACCUACCCAACCUGCAGAGGCGAAAGCAGCGGAAAAGAGUCGGCCAGUCCAGAAGGAGACUGAGUCAGCGCCGACGCAGGCGCCGACGCCGAAUUCGCCGUGGUCAGCAAUAAACUUGACUCCUCCGCGAAGCACCAGCAGCAGCAGCGGCAGCAACAGCAGCAUCACCGGAAGCGUCGCCGGAAGCAUAAGCAUGACCAGCAGCGCCACCACGAGUGAGCCCACAUAUGCGAACCUAGCUGCAUAUAAUUCGACUUACAGCCCCAUCGACGCGUGCGGCCUACCGCUCUACCGGGCCGUACCUGAGCCACUCAACAUCAACACCAGCACCAGCACUAGCAUCAGCAUCAGUACCACCAACACCAACAGCACCAGUGGUACCAGCAGCACCAGCACCUACGUAGAGCUAGGGUCUCCCUAUGGCUCUCCGUACAGUGCCACAACCACUCACUUCAGUCCGUUGGAGGUGUAUUCCACGCCAGUGACGCAGAAGCGGCAUAUUGAAGAAGAGCUCGACGAAUCAGAGACAGCAGUAUCGUCUGACGUGUCGAUAUAUAAUGCUAAUACUAAUAAUACCUACCAUUACCAGCCAUACCCAACCGCGGGCUUUUCGCUGAGCCAACCGUUUUCGACAACAUGGAUAGGCCGCAACCCGCGCAUGCGGUACCUGAUCGGGUACUAUACGGAGGUCAUAGCGCCUGUGAUAGUGACGUUUGACAGCCCGAACAACCCAUUCAGGCUGUACCUGCUCGAGCUCGCCAAGGACAGCGAGGCACUGCAGCAUGCCAUCGCAGCGCUGUCACUGAGCAACCUGCGUCAGCGGCGGCGCAACUGGGGCCUGCUGUCGACGGGGAAGACAGACCCUUCUAGAAGAUCGCUGCAGGCCCACUGCCGGAUGACGGAGCGAGCCUUUGAAGAGGCGUUUGGAGUGACGACGCCAGAGGAGCAGCUUCGAGAAGAGUCAUACCACAAGGGGAUGGCCAUACGGUCUAUCAACGCCCAGCUGGCAGACCCUGUGCAGAGACGGACAGACUCGGUGUUUGCCACGCUGCUGAUGCUCUGCCUCUUUCACAUGUGUGAUACGGGGCUUGCCUCGUUCCGGAGCCAGUUUGCCGGCGUGAAGAAGCUGUUUAUGAUACGGGGCGCCGGUCGAGACCGAGGGAGCCAGGACUCGGAUGUGAUGAAGUGGUUUAUGCGGAUGUUCACCUGGUUUGACACGAUGACGGCCACCAUCAACGACCGGGACAGCCAGAUGAACGGCUGUCUGUUGGAGGUGACAACCUCGGGACAGGACGAGUGGGCGCUGGAGAACCUGGCCGGCUGUGAUCCACGCCUGUUCCGGGCCGUUGCUCAGUUGGGCCGACUCAACCAGCUCAGCCAGGCCAAGCCGGUAGACAACAGCACUGCUCGGAUGGAGCGCCCCGUCCCGACGGCUGCUAUCCCUCAGAGCCUAACCCACUAUCCGCUACCCACUACUUCGGCUACUGGCACUGCUAGUACUGCUAAUACCAGUGCUCCUCCCCUGGUAGACAUGCCAGCCAUCCCCGUAAGCCAGCUUGACCCACGCACCGAGUUCUGGCGAGAAUGGCACGUCGUCCGGCAGAAACUCGAGAGCUGGCGUCUUCCGGACCUACCGGGCGCCCACGCCCACAAUCACAAUCUCACCCAUAGCCCGGCCCCAUCCCUUGCAUCUACCAUCUCGACAGCAACAACAUCAACAACAUCGACACCCACCUCUACAUCUCUCUUUACCGCUCCGCUUCCGGCAUCCCCCUUAUCGCAUGUCAACCCAGCCAACCUGCCCGAAAUCUCCAACAUUUCCGAGUCCUUCCGGUACUCUGCCUUGCUGUAUCUAGAGCGCCUGGCCCACCCGACCACGCCCUCACGCCAUCCUCGCUUCCAGACACUGGUCAGUGCGGCCCUGCACUAUAUACAGGCCGUCAAGUCGGACGUUUUCCUGCUGUGGCCGCUGUUCGUGGUGGGCAGCGAGUGCAUGGGCGAGGCCGAGAGGGCCAUCAUCCGCGAGCGGUGCUGCGACAUCCAGCGAGACUCGGGCUUUGUGAACAACCUUUCCUGUCUGCAGCUGCUGGAGCGUAUCUGGCAGGAAGAGGAUCCGAACGAGAGUGGCUCAGGGGCGCCUCCUUCAGGGGAACUGCUGGGGGGCGCGGCCUUUCGGUGGCGACGCAUCAUCGACUCGCAACGUCUUACUGAUGAGUACAUUGUCGUAUAG